AUGCACAGAGCCUCAAGUGGAACACUACGAAAACAGCCCAGUGCGUGGGGACCAGAGCCGCCUGAAGGCUCUCGUCCGCGGAUUGAGGAUGUCGCAGCCGGAUCAUUGGCGGAGCGUGAGGCAGCCUUCAGGGCCAGAAAGACCGCCAGCGUUCUGGAAAGCCACGAUGGUGUUAAUGGUGGGCUCGAUGUGGCAGGCAAGUUCAAAAGACGGAAUUCUGAUGAAGACUCGAGAACCAACACCAUCAACCCCGAGGUGGAGGACCAGCUGGCCUAUAUACACCACACAACAUCUACUGAUACAUACGCGGGUAUCAUCCUGAGGUAUCGGUGUCAGGAGGACGCAUUUAGGAAAGCAAAUGGGCUGUGGUCUCGAGAUAACAUACAGGUACGGAAAUGGCUGGCCCUGCCGGUAGACGCAUGUGAAGUGAAAGGGAGGCCCUGCGAUGGUCCCUCGUAUUAUGCCAAAGAAGUAGAUCUUCUUGCUACGACACCCUCUACUGCCACACCAGGAGUAUCAUCGGAUGCUAUGAAGUCUGAAUCAGCCCAGCCUCUCCACGAUGACUUUUUCGCCUCACGGAAUGAGCAUGCAGUGGAGCAGCUGAGGGAGGAGGAGGAAAAGCCUUGGACGCAUGUCAGAUGGGUCAAGCUUGACAACUGCAAUGAACCGGUGGAGAUCGCUAGAGUUUCGAGGAAGGCCAUGGGCUACUUUCCACCGAGGAGGAAGAAGAGCUUGCGCACAGCCUCCACUUUGAGCACUCCAAGGGGCUCACUCGAUGUGCCCAGCAUCACGCUCAGCUCCGAUAUUGUCGAGUCUCCGGGGAGUAUCUCUUCCCGGCGGCACAGCUUACUCGCAAGCCGUCCUCAUAUCGGUACCACGUAUGCAUCAUCGGCACCAACACCGUCCCGCAGCAGGGUUGGUAGCGGCAACGAUGACCUUCGUCCAGCAUGGAUGCGAAGACCAGGCGGCGUAGGAACAUUGAGCAGGAAUGUGCGUGCCCCAGGACCAGAAAAGGACUACUUCAACACGUGGACCAAGAAGCACCUGCCAGGACUUAACAUUGAGUCGCUCCCCUCUAUGGCAGUCAUGGGAUCUGAAACCGCCAAAUUCGGCUUUACCAACGACGAAGCAGCUGCCAUUGUCGAGAGUCCAUUCGAAGACGGCCGCGAUGCCACGGCUACAAACAAGCAGGGCACCGGACUCGACAAAGCCGCAAUGACUAUUGAGACGUGGCUACGCGGUGCGUGGGCGAAGAGACCGAACACACCAAUCCUAGGCCCAAGCCGUGCUCGACAGCAUGCGGAAGGGGAACCGGAUCUAAUCGAACUGGAAGACACGAAUAGUGAAGAUGGGCGGAUUGGAAGCGGUCUACUCGAGCAGGUCGUUCCGGGCCUGCCGAACCUAGGCAGUGGCUCGUCAAGCCGAAGUGACGGGAACGGAAGUGCUCUCAGGGGCCGCACGCUCCAACAAAGCAACUCUGGAUUUGCCAGGGACAAGAAGGCUGAUUAG